AUGUCUUCCUUCUUUGGCCUAGGGAAAACGCGAACUUUCAAGCCGCGUAAAGAUGUCCCCGAGGGUACGAAGCAAUAUCAGUUGAGAAAGUACGCCGAGGCAACUUUGGGAUCGGGAAACCUCAGGCUAGCCGUACAGCUUCCGGAAGGCGAAGAUCUGAAUGAAUGGUUAGCUGUGCACGCCGUUGAUUUCUUCAACCACUUAAACAUGCUUUACGGGACCGUCACCGAAUUCUGCACUCCACAAGAGUGUCCAAUUAUGUCCGCUGGCCCAAGAUACGAAUACCUCUGGGAAGAUGGUGUGAAGUAUAAACGGCCAACCAAGCUAGCGGCUCCAGAAUAUGUCGACGCGUUGAUGAACUGGGCUCAGGGCUUGCUUGACGAUCCCAACGUAUUCCCGAACAGAAUCGGUGUACCGUUUCCAAGGAACUUCAGAGAUACAGUGCGAACGAUUGUGAGGAGAUUGUUCAGGGUGUACGCCCAUAUAUACAGCAACCACUUUGACCAUAUAUGUGCUUUGGGCAUCGAAGCCCAUUUAAACACCAGCUACCGACACUUCUUCCUGUUUGUCAACGAGUUCGACUUGGUCGACAAAAAGGAGCUAGCCCCUCUGGAUGAAUUGAACGACGCGAUUUUAGCUGAGGACAAGGCUAGGUAA